CGGCGAGGCCAGGCGCAGGAGUGGCGUCACGCCAGCCAGGGCGAGCGUUGCCUGUAACUAGCCGAGGAUAAGAAGUUCGCCUGUGGGGGCGGACGCUGCUCCAGCAUCAGAUAUGGGCGACAAAAAGGAUUUAGAAUGCGGCGACCUAGCAUUGGAGGGCGGCCGCAAGCCCAUGGAACUGCCUACUCUGCCUAAAGCCCUCACUUUAGAGGAAAAGAAAUACCUCCUCGCCGUCGAGAGAGGCGACAUGGGCAACGUCAGGAGGAUUCUCCAGAAAGCUCAUCGCCAGAAGCACAUCGACGUGAACUGUGUGGACUCCCUCGGCCGAGGGGCCCUGACCCUGGCCAUCGACGGGGAAAACAUGGAGAUGGUGGAACUCCUGGUCAUCAUGGGCGUGGAGACCAAAGACGCAUUGCUUCAGUCUAUCAACGCGGAGUUUGUGGAGGCUGUGGAACUUCUGCUGGAGCAUGAAGAGCUGAUACACAAGGACGGGGAGAAAUACAGCUGGCAGAAAGUGGACCCGAACACGGCGAUGUUCACGCCAGACAUCACGCCACUGAUGCUGGCAGCGCACAAGAACAACUACGAGAUCCUCAAGAUCCUGCUCGACCGCGGAGCCACGGUGCCAAAUCCUCAUGACGUAAGGUGCGGUUGUGAAGAAUGUAUCCGCGAGUCUACCGAAGAUUCCCUCCGGCACUCUCUAGCCCGUCUGAACGAGUACAGGGCUCUGGCAUCGCCUUCGCUCAUUGCCUUGUCUUCCACCGACCCCAUACUGACUGCCUUUCAGCUCUCUUGGGAACUGCGGAACUUGGCUUUUGCGGAACAGGAAAGCAAAGCCGAAUACCUGGAGCUUCGUCGCCAAGCUCAGAAGUUCGCUGUGGACUUACUGGACCAGUCGCGCAGCAGCCAAGAGCUGGCCAUCAUCCUGAACCACGAUCCUGACGAGCCGGCGUUCGUUGAAGGAGACCACAUGAAACUGGCAAGACUGGAACUGGCUAUCGAUUUUAAACAGAAAAAGUUUGUCGCCCACCCCAACAUUCAGCAACUUCUAGCCGCCAUCUGGUACGAAGGCGUCCCAGGGUUCCGUCGGAAGACCGCCAUGGAAAAGAUUAUGAUCAUCUGCCGCGUCGCCCUGCUUUUCCCGUUCUACUGCACCCUGUAUAUGAUCGCCCCCAACUGUGCUACCGGAAAACUGAUGAGGAAACCGUUCAUGAAGUUCUUGAUUCACGCGUCUAGUUAUUUGUUCUUUCUAUUGAUUCUGAUCCUGGUGUCCCAAAGAGCGGAGGUGCAAGCCAUACAACUGUUUGGACCGGAGUGGAUGGUGAAAGAGCUAGAAAAGGAACUCCUCAAGCAAAGAGGGAAUGGGCCCACGUAUCUGGAGCUGGUGGUUGUCGUAUACGUCCUUGGUUUCAUCUGGGAGGAAACUCAAGAGAUCUACAUUGAAGGCAUCCGCUCCUACCUCCGAAAUAUGUGGAACUUCAUAGACUUCACCAGGAAUUCUCUCUACGUGGCCGUAGCCUUGCUUCGGUUCGCAGCCUACUGGCAGCAGAUCACAGAGAUCAAUAGAGACCCCCAGACCAAGUUCAUCCCGAGGGAAAACUGGGACGCUUUCGACCCACAGCUCAUUGCUGAGGGGCUGUUCGCUGCUGCUAACAUUUUUAGUGCCUUGAAGCUGGUUCACCUUUUCUCCAUCAACCCGCACCUGGGGCCGCUGCAGAUCUCUCUGGGAAGAAUGGUCAUCGACAUCGUGAAGUUCUUCUUUAUCUACAGUUUGGUGCUCUUCGCCUUCGCUUGUGGUCUAAACCAACUUCUCUGGUACUUUGCCGACCUGGAAAAAAGGAAGUGCUAUGUUUUACCGGGCGGCCUGCCUGAUUGGGACAACGCGGGCGAUUCUUGUAUGAAGUGGAGGAGUUUCGGGAACGUGUUCGAGGCCUCCCAGUCACUCUUCUGGGCCUCCUUCGGUAUGGUGGGGCUGGAGAACUUCGAGCUGGCCGGCAUCAAGAGCUACACGCGGUUCUGGGGGCUGCUGAUGUUCGGAUCAUACUCCGUCAUCAACGUCAUCGUGCUCCUCAACUUGCUCAUCGCUAUGAUGUCCAACUCGUAUGCCAUGAUUGAUGAACACUCAGACGUGGAGUGGAAGUUCGCCAGGACGCGCCUCUGGAUGAGUUACUUCGAAGAGAGCGCGACGCUACCGCCCCCUUUCAACAUUAUGCCCACCCCCAAACUGCUGCUCAAGAUGCUGGGGUUGAGGAAGAAGGAUAAGCAGAGGAAGAUGAAGACGCAGGAGCAAAAAGAGAAAGAAAUAGACGUCCGCUACACAGCAGUGAUGCGAGCACUUGUUUGGAGAUACGUCUCCGCCAUGCACAGAAAGAUGGACGAUGAGCCUGUGACAGAAGACGACAUCAACGAGCUGAAGGGAGACGUGUCAGCUCUGAGAUACGAGCUGCUAGAAGUCUUCGAGAAGAAUGGAAUGGAUGUGUCGUUCACAGAUCGAAAGGAGAAGGACAAUCCUGUCCUAGGCAAACGCAUGAAGGUGUGGGAGCGUCGCCUUAUGAAGAACUUCCAAGUAGCCCCUGUGGCGGGGGUAGAUGAAGAAAGGCCUGCCGAUGAGGACGGCCUGUCCAGGUUCAGGAGAAUAGCCAAGAUGGCCGUCGCCAACACCACUAACGCCAAGUGGGACCAGACGCUGGCGCAAACUGGCAUAUCGAGUCAAAUCGGCCGGUGCCGCACACGCGAGUCAUUCAAGAACCAGCAAAACUUGCAGCGAGCCAUGGAGGAAGCUAGAAAACUGGUCUUGAGAUCACCAUUGCCAGGAUCCCGAGGUGCAUCUCCCAUCGAGAUGCCGCUAACUCCUGGCCACACUCUUCUGGAGCUCAUCAAGGAUAUCUCCACGGAGGUUGGAGAGCCACUUCCUACAUCACCUUCGCCCAAGUCUCCGUUACCAGGUGACAGUGGCAUGGGCGCGCUGCUCUCUGCUGCAGCCAGCGCGCGUUCACCGAGCCCAGCUCAGCUUCAGCAAUCCGCAGCUCCUUCUAAGCCUGCGUCUAAGGCGCCGACGCCCGUGCCGACCCCGCGCGGACCCAGCCCCGUGCCCAGUCCGCGGUCCAUCAGCCCACAGCCUGACGACCAGCAACCAGAACCUAGUCCACUGAAGGCGAAGCGAGUGCCAGGAGAGUCAUCACCUCCCAAAGUGAUCAAGAGAAAGCCUCCAGUACCACCAGCGCAGUCGGAUGACCAAGCAUCGGAGGCUCCUGCAGACAGCAAGCCGGCCGAAGACAUCGCGGUGGCGCGGCCAGUGGCUCCCGAGAUUAAGCCCGCGGAAGGCGCCAUCCCGCCCCCGCCCCCCGCCAAGCCCAAGGCGCCAGCAGCGCCUACAAUGGAGGUGACCCCUAGCACGCCGCCGGUGCACGCGCCGCCGAAAUCUCCCACGCCGCCGCCGCCGAAAUCACCUUCGCCUACGCCGCCGAAACCGCCCACGCCUCCUAAGUCACCGUCUCCCACACCUAGAGUCGCCUCGCCGCAGCCUUCUAUCUCUGCUGUAGCGCCUCCAGCGCCACCUUCGCCGCCCAAACGUCUCUCUUCCACGUCCAGCACGGAACAGCUGAUUCCUCCUGCCUCGCCCGAGCCCCUGCGAGGAGCCAAGAAGCUGGAUGACAUCAAGACCAUUAAGAGACAGCCCAAGACUGGCUGGCUCUAAACCACUGCCUAUAAUCUAGUG